GACGGAGUUCGAGACGCCCUCGGGGUGCCUUUAGCUUCCUCGACCACCUCGCCAGUCGGCUUCCUCUGGAAGAUUACGACUCGUUUGAGAACCUGAUGGCCAAAAGAAAGGAAGAAAAUUUCUUAUCUCCUGAAAAUGCCAAAAGAUCAAGACAAGAAGAGGCAGAGGAUUUUGAUAAAGAUGGUGACGAGUUCAAUGGUACCUCCACAUUGACUGCAGCAGAAGUUGGAAUAAUUGAGAGUAUUCAACUAAAGAAUUUCAUGUGUCAUUCUAUGCUUGGUCCCUUUAAAUUUGGUUCUAAUGUUAACUUUAUUGUUGGAAACAAUGGAAGUGGGAAGAGUGCAGUACUCACAGCUCUCAUAGUUGGUCUCGGUGGAAAAGCAAUUGCUACUAAUAGAGGAUCUUCGUUGAAAGGUUUUGUGAAAGAUGGGCAGAAGUUUGUGGAUAUUAUAACUGACAGUGUUGUAGAUAAUCCUGUUUCUGUUUUAACACAAGAGAUGAGCAAGCAGUUCUUACAGUGUAAGGGUGAAGGCGACAAAUAUAAAUUCUUCAUGAAAGCUACCCAACUUGAACAGAUGAAGGAAGAUUACACAUAUAUUAUGGAAACAAAAGAAAGAACAAAGGAGCAGAUAAAUCAGGGAGAAGAGCGACUUAUUGAACUGAAGCGUCAGUGUUUGGAGAAAGAGGAACGUUUUCAAAGUAUUGCUGGCUUAAGCACAAUGAAAACUAAAUUGGAAUUCUUGAAACAUGAAAUGGCUUGGGCAGUGGUCAACGAAAUUGAAAAACAAUUGAAUGCCAUUAGAGAUAAUAUCGAACUUGGAGAAGAACGUGCUGCCAAACUUGGCAGGAAAACGGAAGAACAGCAAGUCAGACUCAAUGAAGCAGAGAGAAAGUACAAGGAAAUUCAAGAUAAAUUGGAAAAGAUAAGUGAAGAGACCAAUGCACGAGCACCAGAAUGUUUGACAUUGAAAGCAGAUCUCACAGCUAAAAAAAGAGCCUAUAAUGAAGCUGAGGUUUUGUAUAACCGAUCCCUAAAUGAGUAUAAAGCAUUAAAGAAGGAUGAUGAGCAGCUUCGUAAAAGAAUUGAAGAACUUAAAAGAAGCACUGACCAGUCUUUGGAACCUGAGCGGUUGGAAAGACAAAAAAAAAUAAAGUGGUUAAAAGAUAAAGUAAAGACCUUCCAAGAUCAAAAAGUUUCUAUUACUCAAGAGAUUGAACAAUUUCAGCAAGCCGUAGACAAGGACAAAGAAGAACGGGACAGGAUUAGGGGAGAAGAACAAGAAGUCAGGCAUCUGCUGACCUAUAACCAGAGGCAACUGAAAGAACUGAAAGACAGUAAAAACAAUCGGCUAAAAAGAUUUGGUCCUCAUGUUCCAGCUCUUCUGGAAGCCAUCGAUGAUACUUAUAAACGAGGGCAUUUUACUCACAAGCCUGUGGGCCCUUUAGGAGCGUGUAUUCACCUUCGUGACCCUGAGCUUGCUUUAGCAAUUGAAUCCUGCUUAAAAGGACUUCUGCAGGCGUUCUGUUGCCAUAAUCAUGCUGACGAGCGAAUACUUCAGGCACUGAUGAAACGGUUCUAUGCCCCAGGAACCACCAGGCCGCAAAUCAUCGUUUCUGAGUUUCGGAGUGAGAUGCAUGACGUAAGGAACAGAGCUGCUUACCAUCCAAAUUUCCCAACAGUUCUGACCGCAUUAGAAAUAGAUAAUGUCGUUGUUGCCAACAGCCUCAUUGACAUGAGAGGCAUAGAGACGGUGCUGCUAAUCAAAAAUAACUCUGUAGCGCGUACAGUAAUGCAGUCCCAGAAGCCACCUAAAAAUUGUAGAGAAGCAUUUACUGCUGAUGGUGAUCAAGUUUUUGCAGGGCGUUAUUAUUCAUCUGAAAAUACAAGACCUAAGUUCCUAAGCAAAGAUGUGGAUUCUGAAAUAAGUCACUUGGAGAAUGAUGUAGAAAAUAAGACUGCCCAGAUACAAAAUCUUCAGCAACAUAUGUUUGCUCUCGGAAAGGAUAUUAAACGCAAUGAAGAACUUCUUAGAAGAUGCCAACUACAUUUGAAAGAGUUAGAGAUGAAAAUAAGAAAAAGUCUUUCUGAAAUUCAUGAACUUGAGAAUAUAGAAGAACAUCAGUCUGUUGAUAUUGCAACCUUAGAAGAUGAAGCGAAAGAAAAUAAAAACAAAAUGAAGCUGGUUGAGAAAAGCAUGGAGCAACGCAAACAAACGAUGGAGGCUCUUAGAGAUGUGAGAAUGGAAGCAGAAGAGAAGCACGAUGCCAUCAAAUUGAAAAUUAAUCAGCUCUUAGAGCUGGCAGAUCCACUAAAGGAUGAAUUAAACCUUGCUGAUUCUGAAGUGGAUAACCAAAAACGAGGGAAGCGGCAUUAUGAAGACAAACAAAAAGAGCACUUAGACACUUUAAAUAAAAAGAAACGAGAGCUGAGUAUGAAAGAGAAGGAAUUAGAGGAGAAAAUGUCACAGGCAAGACAGAUCUGCCCAGAGCGGAUAGAAGUACAGAAAUCUGCAUCAAUUCUAGACAGAGAAAUUAAUCGAUUAAGGCAGAAGAUACAGGCAGAGCAUGCCAGUUACGGUGAUAGAGAAGAAAUAAUGAAGCAGUACCAAGAAGCAAAAGAAACAUAUUCUGAUCUGGAAAAUAAAGUAAAGACUUUAAAAAGAUUUAUUAAAUUGCUGGAAGAAAUAAUGGGCCUUAGAUUCAGAACAUACCAGCAGUUUAGAAGGUGUUUGACCUUACGCUGUAAGUUAUACUUUGACAACUUAUUAUCUCAACGGGCUUAUUGUGGAAAAAUGAAUUUUGAUCACAAAGGCGAAACCCUUAGUAUAUCAGUCCAGCCUGGAGAAGGAGGCAAAGUUGCCUUCAGCGACAUGAGAGCCUUGUCUGGAGGGGAGCGGUCUUUUUCCACGGUGUGCUUCAUCCUUUCUCUGUGGUCCAUUGCAGAGUCUCCUUUCAGAUGCCUGGACGAAUUUGAUGUCUACAUGGACAUGGUGAACAGAAGAAUCGCAAUGGACAUGAUUCUCAAGAUGGCAGACUCCCAGCGCUUCAGACAAUUUAUCUUGCUCACUCCUCAAAGUAUGAGCUCACUUCCUUCAAGUAAACUGAUUCGAAUUCUUCGGAUGUCUGAUCCUGAAAGAGGACAGAGUAUUUUGCCUUUCCGGCCCAUAACUCAGGAGGAAGAAGACGAUUGAGGAUGAUUUGUAACUUCAUAUGCCAUGUCUUCAUGGCUAAAGAUUUGUAAAGGGAAAAAAACAAAAUGUAAUUGAAGAUAUAGCUAAAAGAAAGGAAGCCUCUCCUUAUCUGAGCACAGGAAGAUAUGUCUGUAAGCCUAGAAACCUAACUAUAACCAGCACUUUUCAAUUACUGUCACUUUACUUUGAGAACAUCACCUUCAUAGUCCUGGUUUUAAAUCUUUGUAAUUUUUUUUUUUAACCAUCUGUUUUUAUAGAUUCUUUUUCAGAAGUAAAAUUUGUACAUAUGUGCAUAUCUGUUUAGUUUGGUUUCAUUUCUACAGUGUUUUAUAAGAAUUAAAAUAAAAACUUGUGCCCCUGA